GGGACAGGAACGCACACACACAUGCACACACACUGAGCUGCUGGGAGUUUCAGCGCUGCUUGCAAGAACGUAGAAUUGGAGUGCCGGGACUGGGGGCUGCGCUGCUCCAUUGCACUUUCUCUCUCUCUUUCUGCCUCUCUCUAUCUCUCUCUCUCUCCUCUGGGUCUAAACGUGCAGCACAGGAACUGCAGCGGCAGAUAUGAACCUCUCACUGGCCCAGACUUCACAAGCAUGUAGGUGAAACGUGGAGUUGUGGGUCUGAAAUCUAGAUCCCCGUGCUACACAACAAACAUUAAACGUCCCAGAACACAACAAUGGCAGAUGAACAUUUCAUCAUCAAGGAAAUGAACAGCUGAGAGAGGGAAUAAUACUGUGCUUCAAGCUUCUGUUACUGCAGGCCUAUUGAUUUUGACUAGAACAUAAUGUGUCCAUGUCACAGCCUGUACAGAUAAGGACCAGUGUGCUGAACUCGCCACACUAGCAUCAUGACUGAAGAGACUAAACAGUCCUUGGCUGCCAAAGACCUGGAUAAUGAAUCCAAAAAAAAGGAGAAGGGGGCCGUGGAGCAAAAAAGCUUAAAGUCCCCUGAGCACUUUCAAAAUGUGAGUCUGGCGCCACAGGCUGUGAACAAUCUUGCUAAGUUUGCUGAAAAAGAGAGGGACAACACGCAACAACGGGAGGCUGUGAUUCGACCACAGCAGGCUGGAAAGAUUGAUUUUAAGUCACUGCAGAAUCAUUCGUUCAGUAGCAACAGAACAUGGCCCAGCAGCAAAGACAGCCCUCAGUCACCUAAUGGAAAGAAUCGGAAUAGAGACAAGACUAGAAAGUCAGGGAAAGGAGAGCGUGGCAGCCCACAGCAAUUAUACAGACUGAGUAUUACAAACCAACGCUCUAAUCCCACGAUUGGGAUAGCCUAUCCCCAGCAGAAAAUCUCACCUCCAAAGAAGCUUGAGUCCAACAGGGGUCCAGUCUCAGGCAGCUACCGUUUCCAUGUGCCAAGUAUUCCAGAGCGAGAGGCUGAACUACAGCAGGAAGAACUACAGUUUAGAUGUUUCCAGGAGGGCUCACCUAACCUUAUUUCCCAAAGCUAUACCUCACAGUCUGCUGGCGCCACCUCUGUAGGACCUACUCACCAGAAUCCACCAUCUGCUCCACAACAACAGCAGCAGAAGCCCAGCUCAAUUGAUAGCAACAACACACAACCUGUCAUCAAUGAAAAUUUAUUCCCUGACUUUCACCUGAAUGAGACAGACACAUGGCACUCCCCAGAGAGGACUUUCAGAAAUACUAGUUUUAGCAUUACUUCACAAAAGCCAAACAACCUUGUGGACUUGAACAAAGCUAAUAGUAGUUUUAUGCCUAUGCCAUUUCAGUAUGGAUACACAUUGUUAGAUGAAUCCGCAUCCGAUUCUUUUUCCUGUGAUAGGAAUACACAGUCACAAGACUUCAUAGACAUUUCUCUUACUACUAACCAGGUUUCUCAAAAUUCAUUUUCCUUUCCAUCUUCUUCAGAGGGCCAUGAAGCCAUACAAACGAAUUCACAGUUUGGCAAUGAUCAGGUAGAGGACAGACAAUCAUACCAAUUGCACCCUAAGCCACCCCAGUACAUGCAGGCACCACUUGGUAUGUCAUCUUCUGUUGCCAGUAAUGAUGAGUCUGUAUUAAGCACCCACCAUUCAGAGCAAAGAAAGAAUAUUACAGAUAAACCUGAUGUUUUUACUCCAGUAGAAAGCAGGGACACUGGGUUUGCAGCAGUGGGGAAAAGAGGCUGCCAUCCUAAAAAUGGCACCACUGGCCAGAGAGUUCUUGUUCAAGGCAGUGCUCAUCAUAUUAGGAAUGUUGCACAAGGUUCAAGUUCCCAAAUACACGUAAUUAGCCCUCCACAUAAUAGUAUUCACAUCAGUCCAGGACCUCUAGAUAAAAGCGGCAGUAAGCACCAUGGUAGGGUAUCACAGCAAUGGGAAGGACCAAACAAAGUUUUUCCACCACCACUCACAGACCAGACAUCUACACCUUACACCUUUCAGUAUCAACCUGCACCAGAACAAAGGCAAAACACUGGUAUUAAUGGCCGUAUACCUUGGCAACAGAUCCGCUUCACAACUGCCUUGCCAAGCCAAAACAGGAUUGAUCUCUCCAGGCAACUGAGCAAUCAACAGCUUACUUUUAUGAUAGGCCCAUCAGACUGGCAAGAAGACAGUAAGGCACACAAUAACAGCAACCAAAAAGAUUCUAACAGCUUUCUGAGCAAAAAGACAAAUGAAGUCUUCUCAAACCAAAGGAAAGAAAGUGGGAAGCAAGGCUGCAACACAAUUCCACCUUGUCCAUUCACAAACAAGGUGGAUAUGAAUCAAGGCCAGGUGGGUGAUGGGAAGAAUAAGUCAGUAUAUUUUGGGAUUAACCACUCAGUGCCAGUGACACCAUCAAGAAACUGUAGCUACCCUCCAUUACAAGUAGGACCCUUAGGGCUGAAGAUGGUGUCACCAUAUGACUCGCCUUCACGUUCACCUUCUCAAAAUCCAACAUCUAGCAGUACAUGUUCAUCCCUCUCACCAGCUUCCACAAACUCUGUCAACAGUAAUGCUGAUGACAGCCAGAUGUCAAAGGGUCUUUCCCCUACAUUUUAUAAGCAGCAACAGGAUAAAGCAUUGAUAUCAUCCAAUAACAUGAACACUAAUCACCAUCACUUCCUUUCCGAAACAUCAAGAAGCUUGCACUUUAAACAAGAAAACGCCAAAGAGAACACUGCAAGUUUCAUGACACAUAAUAGGCUCUCAAAGCCCAACACAGACAAUGGAAAAGGUUGUUUAGAGACCUACAGAACAGAAACCCAACCCCCACCUCCAUACUCUGCCCACCAACUUGCCACAUCAUUAGUCUCAGCAAACCUUGAUCAGCUUGAUGUGCUUCUGACAUGCAAGCAAUGUGAUCAGAAUUUUAAUAACCUUGUGUCCUUUCUUGAUCAUAAGCAAUACUGUGGACAGCAUGCAUUUGCACACAAUGAAUUAAAAGAUGCGCCAAAAGUGGAGGACACAAGAAAGUUUCAGACAGACCAUACAAAAGCCAUGUCAUCUGGAUCCAGUUACACAAUUUUGCGAAGUUCUUCAGAUUUGCAUCUGUCUCUGCUUGGACUGAACAAGAAUGGAGAAAUUGUGUCAGAAAAUGAAACAAAAGGAGAGAUAAAAGAUGAUCCAAUGAAAUUGAUGCUACCAUCUGCAUCUCUGCCAGAUUUAGAAAUGGAAGAUCCCAAAUUGGAUAGUCUUAUCACAGAGGCUUUGAAUGGACUAGGCUAUCAGUCAGACAACACGGAGAUCGACAGCAGCUUUAUUGAUGCAUUUGUCGAUGAUGACCUCACCUCUACUAAAUGUACAUCAACAAGACCGGCUCUGACUACCAAAGACUCCACAUUAUUUGAAGGUAGAACUAACAAUGAAACAACAUGCAGUGAGAAAGCUCAAGCUUCCUGCAAAUAUCCUUUUGACUCUGACUUAGACAGCCUUAGAUCGGACAAACAAACGGACAGUCCUUUCAAAGAAAGUCAACAUGAGUUAAUACAAAAGCAAGGCCUCAAAACAGAAAGCUCUACAUCAGAAUGCAAGGUACAGGAGUCAAACUGCACACAAAUUGAGUGGGAAGCAAGAAAGUCAGAACAAACAGAACAGGAAAAUAAUUACAGUUCAAAGUUCCUUUUAUCAAGCAAGUUUUCUGCAAGAUGUGGACUUAACAGCUUGCAAAGUAGCACAUCAUUAGUUAAAGCAACAUGUUCAAGAUCAACCUGUGCUAACAACAGUCCAACAUCUCAGAAACCAAUUGCAACAGAAGGAAAAAGGAAAAGGACGGGUGGUGGAAGCUGGAGUAAAGAGCUUAUUCAUAAAAUUGUUCAACAAAAGAACAAACUGCAUAAACUCCAUGUAAAAGGUACCAAAAACAUGCAGUUUUCACUUGUGAUGGAGAGAGUCACUCCUGCAGUGCAGAACCCUACUUUCAGGGAAUACGAUUACGUUUCUGACUCAGACGAUGAUUGUGAGCCUGUGAAGAUAGCCAGUCAGGGACGCCUCAGCCAGAGUAUUCGUUGCAAGUACACAUACACUAAAGAAUGCAAGGGGAGAAUUCGUUCAGACAAGAGCCGGGAAAGUUCAUGGAAACAAAACAAAAAUGAGUGUUUUGAUCCCAAGAAAGAUUUGGAUGUCUCUUCGUCUUUACUGAAAGACAACCCUCGGCAAAGGCUGCGAAGACGGAGCAGUAGAUCUUCUACAAGCAGUGAACUCAGCACAUCAAUAAGUAUUUGUAGCGAUAGCAUUAGCAGCCCAAAAAGUACAGAUCAUACAGAUUCAGACUCUGAGAAACGAAUAGAAGUACAGAGGAAAGACCAAGACUCUCUUGAGCAGAAUGCAUAUGAGGAAUCCCCAUCAAGGAUACGAAAAGAGUCUAGCACGUCACUUGCUUUGACCUUCACAAAAAACACAAAAAGGUACAGCACUGAUAAGAUACUACUCACUGAGCACAAGGAUCGAUUCACUACUUCAAAAUGUUCAAGCAUUAUCUGCAAGACUGAAGAGACUGCAUCUGAGCAUACAAUGACAAAAAGUACAGUGAGUCUUGCAAGAUUCAAAACAACCAGGGUGGAAAUAGAGGGAAAAGGGGACCACUAUGGUUUUGAGGCAGGAAUUCUUGCAACCAAGGAAGAGCCAAUCAUAACAGAUUGCCCAAAAAUUAUCACAUCACCGAGAGGGUCCGGCAUAGCACUGAAUCCAACAGAAACCACCAACAAUAGAGAUUCUUGCAAUAGUGAUGUUUUCCAACUCAGAAAAGAUACUGCUACUUCAAAGGGAAAGUCCCACAAGAAAAGGACAAACAGUUCUGAAUGUUCAACACCCAUUUUUGAGAAAACCCACACCUCCACUGAAGAGGCCAGCAGAAGCUCAAAUGAACUAUUCCAACCUGAACCCCAAUCUCUUUGCAAUUCACUCAUGAACAAAGUCUGCUUAUCACCUUCAAAAGUCAAUGAAGAUCCAGCAGAAAAGGAUGGGCAAUGUCUCAUUCCCUAUCCUUCAGAACAUGAUCAGAGUCUUUCCUUUGACACAAUGUUUGGUGACAUUUCUGUGGGAGGAUUUGUGAACAAUCUUUACCCAGAUAUUCAACUUGCCAAAGACGGCUUUAGUCCUCUGGAAACCACACCAGAUAAGAAGGAACUUUUUGACUCAUCAUUCUCACCAUUCUUAGAGCAGAGAGACUGGAACCUGAUGGAUGUUAAUCCUGUGCUACCAGAUGAGAUUUCCCAGUAUAAAGAAGACUCAGACUCAAAUGGGAAAAAUAACAAUUUCGACCAUGUGCCAUUUGCUUUGCCAGAAAAAUUAAUGGACUACACUCCAAAUCUCAACAGUAGUGUGUCAGUUGAUGAUCUGGAAAUAAAAAGGAUUGUUACAGAGCUGGAGAGUCAGCUACAAACAGCCAAACUCAGCAGCCCUCCACCAUUAGACAAUGAGCUGCCAAAACAACUUACAAUGAGCAAAUUUUCUCCACUAAGACUUGAUCCUGAAAGUGAAGAUGAGACAAGUAGCUUAGAAAUUAACUGCUCUUCAGAAAACCUGGAAAUUGCCAGACCAGUGGAGUCACAUUUAGCACUGUUCUCAGAACCUGAAUUACCAUGGUCCAGUCCACUCCCAUUUGGACUGAUGUGUGGACAGCAAGGUCUUCAUACACCAACACAUUCAUCUACUAUCAACACACCAACUGAUUCAGGGCAUGACCACUUGGAUUUAAAAGAUAGCAUGAGGCUCACUGAUUUGACCUUAGAAAACAGUUCGUCUCUUCACCUAGAGAACAAAACAGAAAAUGUUGGCUUGGACAAGUCAGAAGAGAUGCUUGAGCAUGAAAUUUACACAGAAAAUCUGAUGAAGAGCUUGGAAGUAAUCUCAGAUUCAUUGUCUUCAGGUUUUACAUCACCUCAGUCAUCUCCUAAUCAAGAUUGUGCAAUUCCUGAGGAACAUGAAAAACAAGAUAAUGAACACCCAGAGCACAAGGAGCCAGAACAUAUGGAAUCUAUAAACACAGAAGCAGAGCUCACAAAGUUCUCAGUGGAAAGUAACACAUUUUCUGAUAAACCAGAUGGGACAACUAGUGACAUUUCAGGGUCACACAAUGAAACAAAAGCCAGUCUAAUUGAGACUAGUAAUGACAGUCUUCAUAAAGAAGAAUUAGAAGCUAAUGAAAAACAGCCUGCUGAGAUCUCCUAUGAGAGUCCAGAAACAACACGAUGUGUGAACUCAAAUGAAUCUGACUCAUAUGAUUAUAAGUGUGAAUCACCUGUCAAUGAAAACAAAAAUGCUGACUUUGAUACACAGUUACAUUUAAAAGACUCGACAUAUAUUACACAAAAUCCAGAUGUCGCUAAAAUUUCCAAAUUUUCAACAUCCCCAGCAACACCAAAACACACAAACACCCAGUGUGUGGAAAAAAUGCAGAAAUGUGAUGAGGAUUCAGCUCUGAUUGCAAAGCCAGAACUCACUUCUGAGGGCAAUGGACACACAUCUGAAAAAACAGGUAGAACAACAGACUGUUUGUCUGAUACAGACAUCAAGCCAACCCUCUUAAACAUCAAAUCUCCUCUUUGUCAAGACCAUUUGCCAAUCUACUCACAGGUUAUUAAUACACAACAGGUAGUUUCUUCUAAGCAUCUUCCUGUAGUUCAAGAUGAACAUGGCUGUACAGAUAUUGGGGCCAUAACUGAUAUGACAUUGUUUUCGGCCCAUUCAGAAUGUGAAGAUAAUCAUCAAAAGAACAAGGAGCAUAGUCCUCAGUUUCUUACUUUAACUCAGGCCCCACAGUUUUCUCAUAACUCCAUCCACAGCCCUUGUGAACUGAGAGACGGUCAACUACCAAUCACGGUUGCCCCUGCAAUGAGUGAAUACAUACCAUGCCUGGAAGACAGAAACACAGAUCAUGUAAAUAUUGACAGGUCUGUAGAUACUUUAGAAUCAGCAACAACAGAAGUAGAUGAUUCAUUUAUUCCCCAUCUGGAUUUAGCAGAAAUCACACAGAGUAAAUUUUCUAAGCAAUCUGGGGCAUUGGAUGGCUCUCAAGGUGCACUGUAUGAUUUAAAACCUUUCCCCAUUAAUUCCAGUGACGCAUGCUUUAAUGACAACAGCUUCCCCUCUAAAUGUUUAGACGAAGAAAAUGGCCAGUCUGUUGUAAAAUCCAACUCAGCAAACAAUUACAUUCUCAAUACCUGUGCUUUCUCUCUUGAUAAACCACUCAUGUCUAGCCUACCGCAUAAUUCAAAUGAACAGACAAAUAUUCAGAAUCAUCUGACUGGACUUAAUAUACCUGAGAACUCUAUAAAUGGCAAUCACCAAGAUGAUAAUAAAUAUUCAAGUGUCUCAGCAUCCAGCAUUCAUUUUUGUGAAGCAGUCACUACAUCUGACCCUGAACAAAUCUCCAAAUUUAACCAUAAUGACAUGAAUAGAAUUCAUGUUCCAGUAGAAACUGUUAUUUACAUGGAUACACACCACAAACCAUUGAAGAAUGUAGAUUCUGAGAAGAUGGACAAUCCGGUGAUCACCAGUGAGCAUGAUGCAACACAAAGGUCCACCGAAUUAGAUGUUAAGAAAACAUCUACAACUUUGAUUCCAUGUGCAAAAGCGGGAUCCAUGGCUCUUGCAAUCACAUCUAUGCAAAAUGAUGGACAGAGUUUAAAGUCAAGUGAGACAAAAAUGUCACCUAAAAAGGGUGGUGCCCAGAUCGAACUUCAAGGAAAGUUUCAGUGUGAAAUAUGUGCAAUGUUCUUUCGAACACAACCUGGACUAAAAAGGCACAAAGCCAUGAAGCAUGUGGUAAAGUCUGAAGGGGUUUUGCCCAUUGAAAAUGCAAAUAUGAGUAGCCAAAUAUUCAUACCAAUUUAUAAUAUGUCACACCCAACAGAAAAAACUAUGAAAGACAGCAUGGAUAUUGUGAGCCCAGCAGUUCUUUCCCAUCCAAACAGAAUUGAAAUUUCAGAUGGACAUGAACAGCAAGUAAAUACACCUUGCAUUUUGGAAAGGACUGCAAGCAAAGCUGAUGCAUCAACCAUUCAAUGUAGUAGUGAUGGUGAUCAGGCAUCUCCUGUAAAUGAAAUAACAAAACAUUGUAUCACCACCAUGGACAUCAGCAGUGAAAUGUUUCCUCCAAAAUUGGUAAAGCAAGACAUCUUUUCAGAUGAAAUACUCAACAGACUUAAAACAAAUAUAUUACAAGCUGUCUCUCCAGAUUUCCCCUCAGUAGUGCAACAAAACUGUCCUAAGUCACCUGAAAAACAGGUCAACGGUAGCAGUCAAAGCUAUCAUGAAUUCAGCGUGAGAAAGGAGCAAGGGAGCACUGAAGUGCAAAAGGAGGAUACUACUUCACCAGAGCAUUUAAAGGUGCAUAAUAAAGAAGAUGCAUCUGACAUUGACAGUGUUGUGAAGUAUUGUGAUAUGAACCCAAAUGGUAUAACAGAAGAUAUCCACUAUCCACAUGGGAAUUCUUUUUUGAACAUAAAGUGUGAGAACACGUGUUCUCCCACAGAAGAAUGUGACACACUUAACGGAAUAGCAUCUGAUCUCAAGGCUUUCUUUGAUGACGAAAGCACAUUUUCUCAGUUAUUCCCAAGAAAUGAUGACCGGAAAAGGAAGAAAUGUGCAAGGGUCUAUGGUAAAAGCAACAAAAAGCAAAAGCAAUUGUCUUGUUUAGUUUUAGACUAUCCUCCCACUGAUGCUUUCACUGAUACAUAUGAGGAGACUAAAGAAAAUGAGAUGGGACACGUGUUUUCCGGUGAAACAAAUGACCCUUGUGACUAUGACACCAUAUCAUAUGACAACACAAAGAAUCUGGAGGUGACUCCUAAAAAUUCAUCGGAAAAUGCAUGUCAAUUAAAUGAUGGACAAAUGGAUCAACAGACUGGUUAUGUGGAAAACCUUGAAACUGGAAUGAAAGAAUUUUCAUGUGAGAGUCAAAGAACAGUUGAGCAACCCUUACAGCAUCAAGGCGAUUCUCAUGAUUGCUCUGUGUCAGAGAACACAGUGUCAACAGUUCCUCAGGAAGGCUGUAAACUAGAGAUUUCUGCUGCAGCUUGCCCUCUCCAAAUGGUCUGUGUUCAAGAAAAUGCCUCUCAUUUAUCAAACAGUGAGAUAUCAAAACUCGACACUACAAUUCAUAUUUCUACACCGUAUUUUGAGCCUGACAGAGAUGCACCUUUGGUCACAACCAUUUCAAGCACAGAAAUUAAAGAACCCGAAAGACCUUGCAAAAAGCCAAUGCAGCGUAAAUAUAGGAAACGCACUGACCCUGCACUCAAACCUAAGGAUAAGCAGUACAAAUGUAAAGUGUGCUUCACAUGGUUUCUCACAUUAGGCGAGCUGGACUUCCACAAGCUCUCUCACAAUCCGUCACCUCCCCCAACUUGCUAUAUGUGUGUGCAGCGCAAGUUUAGCUCCAGAGAGCAGCUUAGGGACCAUCUCAGGGAAAAACACGGCAAAAACAAAGCAGGUGUUUGGACUUGCGGCAUGUGCUUAAAGGAGAUUUCAGAUGUCUGGAUGUAUAAUGAACACUUGCGUGAGCAUGCCACACAGUUUGCACGAAAAGGACAGUCUCAGAGUUCCCUCUUGGGCAUGCCUGGAUGUUUCAUGCAGGAAAAUGCUGUGAAGAACUUCAUAUCUUCAAUAAUGCAGCAUCGUCCAAGCAGACCUGCAAAGGAAGACAUUGUUAAACCAUCAAAUAAGGAAGAAAGAAGGUUGUCUUUCGAUAGACAAGAGCCAAGCAUUACGAGGGAGGUUGAUUCUACAAAUCUGAAGACUGUGAGCUUUGGGGGUGGGAGCAAACACUGUGCACUGACAUCGCUUGAGGUUCUACCUCAAGCAGAGACUUCUGCCAAAAAUGCUGAUAUGCAUCCUAACUGCAAAGACCCUUCAAGGGACUGUCACCACUGUGGCAAGCAGUUUCCAAAGCCCUUCAAGCUCCAGCGUCAUUUAGUGGUUCACAACAUGCAAAAGAUUUUUCUUUGUCACAAAUGUCCAGUAUCAUACCAGGAGGCAAAGGAGCUGAAAAACCACCUAAAAAAUGAACAUGAGGAGACAGAUGAGCCACACUCAAAGCACACCACGCUGUACACUUGUGAACUCUGUGCCGAUGUCAUGCAUGUAAUCAAGAAGUCCUUCAUCUGCAGUACCUGCAACUACACUUUUUCCAAAAAGGAACAGUUUGAUCGUCACAUGGAGAAGCACCUUGCUGAAGGGAACAAGAUCUUCAAAUUCAGGGGUGUUGUGAGGCCUUGCAAGCCUUUUAAUUCAAACUACGAUAAAUCUGACAUGCCUCCAAGCAAGAAAAGGAAGGGAACUGAGAGCAGUGUAGACAUCACAAUGUCACACAUGCAAGGUGACAACUCAGCAUUGCCCAUCACAGAUGACACUGCAGAGAACAUCUCCGAGGAGCAUUCUAUUGAAGCAAACAAUACCAGUGUGAAAAUUGAAGACGUAGUCGAAGAUUUCCCUGAAGCUGCCAUGGAACUUAGAGAGUGUACAGUGCAAACAGAUUCUGCAGAACAGGGUCUUCCAUCAACGGAGCUAAAGGAAGAGAAUGAAAGCUCUUCUCUAUCACAUGAAAUCCAAGAAGAUGAGCCAAGGGAAGUCAGUGAAAUUGACAAAGAAGCUCUGACAGAGAUUUGUGAUGUUAAAAUAGAAGAUGACGGUUGCACAAGUCCAACAAAAUUGUUCAUUUCAGAGACAAGCAUUGAUAAACAUAUCCAAGACACGGUGGACACAAACUCUUCAGUAAACCUUGAAAAUGGAAGUGAACAAGGAGAAAUAAGGGACUCGACUCUUCAAGUGGGGGGUCAAAGCGAGAUAAGUUUACGAAAAAAAGGACUCUCAUCUUCCAGUGACUUUGAACUACCAUCUGUGAAACAGUCUUCAAAUGAAGCAAGCUACUUGAAGCAGGAUCAAAAAACUGAAGCGUCAUUCCCCAUGAAGAAAAACGAGAAUAAAGAACAACUGACUACUGCUCAGGCUAAGCACAUAACUAUGGUCAAAGCUGAGGAAACUUUGAAACAAACUCUUGACAAUAGCCUAAGGUGCCUUAGUAGUGCUGACUCCACACAUCACACCAACAGCUCUAAUACAUCCGAAGACAGGGACUCAACCAAGCAACAGAGGAAGAGGAAAGAACCUAAAACAGCUCUCAGCUCUCAGAGAACUCCAUCUCCAAAUGCACGGGAAAAUCUGAGCAUCAACCCGAGGGUCAGAAAGAAGUUCAGACCCAGCAGGUGUGAAAAUAUUGAUGGACAGAGAAAAAAUGAUUUUCCCAAUGACUAUCCUGUGCUCACAUCAGUAAAGGAUGACACAGCCAGUAACAAAAUAAUCUCCAAGCAUAAAAUAGGCUCUUCCAAUCUGGGCCUUCACUUAAAGAAAGCGUCUGUAGAUAGUUUCCCGCCAAAAAAGGUCGAGAUUGUACGUCACUUUAACGGAGAUUGUAAAGGGAAAAAAAGCAUUCCUAAGAAAGCCAUCCAUUCCCCUACUUCGAGAAUCUCCAACCUGAACAAUUCUUUUAACCACAAAUCUCGACCCAAGCCAGGGGUGAGAUCCAUCGAGACUCACACAUAUCGUACUGCAGAGUCGCAAAACAACCUCCUCAGCCAGCUGUUUGGCCAAAGACUAACUAGCUUUAAAAUUCCUUUAAGGAAGGACACUUCUGAAUCUAUUAAUUAAGGAUUAAAUGGAUGCCAUUAACAGGGAGGUAAUUAAGUGAUCCACUAGGCAUGUGAUUAAGGCAAUUUAUUCAUGAGACUAGGAUUGUACGGCCCUCCUCUGUGAACUCAUUUAACUCCUUGUUUAGUCACUUUAUCCUCUUGUAAAUGUGUAUUUACGUAUAUGUGAAGACCAACGACCAAAUGUAUGAAUAUAGGAUAAAUCCGUUGGUUACAAAUGAGUUUAUUUUUUCUCUCUCUCUAUUUUAUAGCGGAGCAUUAUCUCUAAGAGACUGACUGUUUUUGGUCAUCAACAACACAGAAAGGCUUUUUGAAAAGAGUUUACUUGAAAAUGAAAUGAGAAUAUUUGUUUUCCAAGUAAUGCAUGACACUUUUACGUUACAUGUUCUUCAUGUUUUCCUAGCAACAGGACCAAAAGACAUCCUAAGUCUGGAUCACGUCAAUGGGCUUUAUUUUAUAUGCUUCAGAGAAUUACUCCUUUAUACUCUUUUACUUUACUGUAUUGCGGAGACACUCAUUAGUAUUAGCUUUUGUAUCUUCACUAAUUGGUGCUAUGUUAUUUUAUUAUUGUUAUUAUUAUUAUUAAUAUUAUUAUUAUUUGUGUAAUGUGAACACAAUGUCUUGUAACUGAAGGGAACAUGUAGCAAUUACACUCCAAAUCAUUGCUGGUACUCAAAGUCUUCGAGAAAAUGACACACGAAUACUGCGUACGGUCAAUCAAAUAGAAAGGGUUCAUUUGUGUCUUCAUUUGAUCUGUUCAGAGGAGGGCAAGGGAAAAGCCUUUUCCAAAACUGAAUUUAGUUUGAAUAUGAACUCAGGUGCUAUUAUUGCGCAUGAAACCCUUAGGAAUUCUUCCCAUGCACUGAUGAUAUCAUACCAAACCCCACGCGUUCACCUAUAUGUCCCUGGUUCUUUAAUUCUUACUGUUUACUAGAACAAAAGGUGCUUCGUCAUGUUUAUAUGUAUCUUAUAUUGUAUAAUAUUGUACGUUGAUUAUUUUCCAGUGCAAUGCAUAAUGUCAAAGUUCUAUUUUAAUAAUGUGCAAAAGAUGAAGAGAAAAAGGAAUGGAAUAUACAAAGCCUGUGGAAGGCUUACGAUUGGAUCACAAAGUGCAUCAUAUAAACUUGGUUAUUAAAUUUUUUUGCAUCAA